AUGGAGUCCAAGUACAAAGAUGGUCACCAAACAACUGAGUCUGAGGUCACUGGCAUGCUUAUUGCUGCUCUCUUUGCCGGUCAGCACACUAGUUCCAUCACUUCCAUCUGGACUGGGGCAUACCUCCUCCGUCACAAGGAAUACAUGACUGUUGUGUUGGAUGAGCAGAAGAACCUGAUGAGAAAGCAUGGGAACAAGGUUGAUUAUGAUCUCUUGUCUGAGAUGGAAGUCUUGUAUCGCUCACAUAGCGAUUUUAGUGUUACAACCAAUGAAGGGAAAGAGUAUGACAUUUCGAAGAGCCAUAUUGUGGCCACAUCUCCUGCUUUUGCCAAUCGACUUCCACAUGUAUAUAAGGAUCCAGAUUCAUAUGACCCUGACAGGUUUUCUCCUGGGAGAGAAGAAGAUAAGGCAUGGUUGUCUUGGGGAACCAUUUGCAUAUUUGUAGAUAAGGCAAUAUGGAGUCACUUGUUGAGAAAUUUUGAGUUGGAACUGAUCUCACCUUUUCCAAAGAUUGCCUGGAAUGCUAUGGUCGUGGGUGUAAAAAGGAAGGUUAUGGUGCAAUACAAGGGCAGGGAGCUUUUUGUUAGCUAA